UCAGUGACUUUGCUGGGCAGGGUUAGUCUUAUCUGGGUGUACUUCACCUUACUAACAUUUUUACUUUCGAUUCGAGUUGUUGCGCACUUUUUGUCAUCGUUUUUAUACGAAGAGAAAGCACCUUCUUCUGCCAGAGACCGUCUUAAAACAAAGAAUCAUGAAGGAGUUAUUCUUCCUGGUCGUUGUUCUCUACGCGUCUUAUGCUGUAAUGGCUAAAGAAGUAUCACCAAAGGUGCAGAUCUACAGUCGCAACCCUGGGCUGUACGGGAAGCCAAACGUCCUCAUCUGCCACGUCAGCGGCUUCCACCCACCAGAGAUCAGAAUUGAUUUGCUGAAGAACGGACAGGAAAUAGCUGAUGCCAAGCAGACUGACCUGGCCUUUGAGGAGAACUGGCACUACCACCUCACCAAGCACGCGAGUUUCACUCCAAAGGAAGGAGAGCACUACGCAUGCAGAGUGACACAUGUGGGAAAGACAACAAUCCACGAAUGGGAUGCAGAUGUGUAAGAUGAACGCACUGUGUUGCUCCAGGUGUCUUCUGCUUGUAAAGGAUGAAGUUUGGAGUUUGCAAACAAUGUUGAAUUUGUGAAUUUUGGCUCUCGCAGAAAGUAAACAAGAACACAAAUUGGAACUUAAAAGUGUUUUUGAGCUCUCUGAAUAGAGUAAGGUAAAAUGACACCUAAGCUUAAAAGGGGAAUAACUUUUGAACUUUUUGUUUUCCUUAUCUUGCCUCUUGAUCUGGUUAUUGUCAACUUAUCUUACUUUGAGUCAGCAUGGGGGACAUUUAAACUUCAAGUUAGACUAAAUCUAAAAAAUACUAAACAAUCAAAAUAAGCAUAUUUACAAUUUAUUUUGUCAUUUACUAUAUUAAUCACAUGCAAUCUCCUUUCUGAUGGUGUGAGGUUAGAGUAGGCUAAAUCUGCAUUUUAUCUUAACUGUCACAUGUUUUAUAUGUAAAGCUUCAAGGGUGAUUUAAAAAAAAGUUUGAUGCAAUAACUUUGAAAUGAUGUAAAAGUGCCUAUUUCACUGGAUUUUUGUAAAUAUGAUUUAAACAUAAAAUAAAAAUUGGCUAAGAUGUUCUA